CCGGCCCGCCCCCGCACCGCGGCAGAGUCACCCCGGCGCUGGAGGCGGCGCAGGAGCGGAUAGCCCAGAAACUGGUGGAGAACGGCCGGCGGACUUCUAUCGAGAGUGCCGAGUUCAUAGAGACCUACAAGCGGGUUGUGACGAGACCGGAAGUUUAUUUUCUAAUGCUCAGGUUCUCGCAUAAAGAGUACAUGACUAUAGAGGAUCUUAAAGCGUUUUUGGAGACUGAACAAGGGGACCGAGCGGUGGAGCUAGCCGAGUGCGAGGAGAUAAUAAAACGGUGCGAGCCGAGCCCGGAAGCGCGUGAACAGGGUGUUAUAUUAGUGGACGGCUUUUCCAGCUUUCUCGAGUCAGACGAAUGCCUGAUCGCGCCGGCCCCGGACAAGACGCCGGCGCAGCUCAACAUGCCCCUGAGCCACUACUACAUCAGCGGCGCGCACGACGCCUACGUCCCGGACGACCCCGCCGCCAACACGGCCUCCAUGGACGCCAUCGUGCGCGCCCUGGCGCAGCCCUGCAGAUACGUCAAAAUGGAUGUGCACGACGGCGUGGCGGGCCCCGUGGUCUGCAGGAACCCCACGUGCGCGUCCAGGCUGCCCGCCAGCGACGUGCUCAGGCUCAUCAGGGAGCUCGCCUUCGUCGUCAGCCAGUGCCCGCUGCUGCUGCAUCUGUCAGUCCGCUGCUCGGUCCCCCAGCAGCGGUCCCUGGCGACGCUCCUCCGCACGGAGCUCGGCGAGAAGCUGGUCCUCCCGCAGGAGGCCAAGGACCCCGCGCAGCUGGAGGUGCAGUCCAUCCUGGGGAAGAUCCUGCUGGUGGGCAAGCGGCUGCCCAGCGCGUGCCACGAGGACGUGGGCUCGGUGCAGGACGAGGAGGACGUCCAGGGCGCGGGCAGUGGCGUGGUGGUGCGCGAGCUGUCGGACCUCUUCGCACUGGACCCGCGCUCGUGCCACGCCGUGGACGCGGCGGCGGGCCACGCGCCGGGACGCCUCUGCUCGCUGUCCGACUCGCUGGCCUCCAAGAUGGCGCGCCUCCGGCCCGAGGACAUGGUGGCCCACAGCCGGCACAGCCUCACCAGGGUGUACCCCAACCACGAGCGGACCGGCGCCGCCAACUUCAACCCGCAGGACGCCUGGAACGCCGGCUGCCAGAUAGUGGCGGUGAACCUGCAGACGCCGGGCCAGCACAUGGACGUGUACGAGGGCCGGUUCCGCACCAACGGCGGCACGGGGCUGGCCCCCAAGCCGUCCCUGAUGUGUGACGGCCUGCCCUUCCCCGCGCCGGACCCGCGCUCGGGGCUGCCCGGCACCACGCCGCUCAUGCUCCGCGUGACCGUCAUCUCGGGGCAGAACCUGCCGCGGCCGAGGGGCUGCGACGCGCGCGGCACGGCCAUCGACCCCUACGUGGCCGUGCAGGUGUUCGGCAUCCAGGCGGACAACAACGAGAAGAAGACGCGCACCGUGUCCAACGAGGGCGACUCCCCCGUCUUCGAGGAGACCUUCGAGAUGACCAUCUUCCUGCCCGAGCUGGCGCUGCUGCGCUUCGUGGUGCUGGACGACGAGUACAUCGGCGACCCCUUCAUCGGCCAGUUCACGCUGCCCGUCAACAGCCUGAGCCGCGGCUACCGCGUCGUGCGCCUGCUCAACGCCUCGGGGGAGCCCCUGGACGCCGCCUGCCUUUUCGUCUACAUCGAGAUGUGGCCGCGCCGCGGGAGGCAGAACAGCAAAAAGCGGUACAAAAAGGAGAAGCUCGACUUGCGGACGGUCGGCAUCAGCAGCGUGGACGACCUAAUCAAGAGCAACGAGCGCGCGCUGCGGUCGCUGGUGGAGCUGCGCUCGGAGACGGACCUGGCCAUGACGGCGCUGCGCUGCGAGUGCGGCGUGUCGGACGGCGCCACCAUGCAGCACUGCCUGCGCGUCAUCAUGAACCGCAUCCAGCGCAACCGCAGCGUCAAGAAGGCCUACAUCCAGGAGGUGGACGGCUCGCCGAUGCUGCGCCUGGAGGCGGACACCCUGAGCGAGAACAUGACGCGCUGCCUGUGCGUGCUGGACCGCGCCUGCGAGCAGCUGGCCUCGGUGCGGCGCCUGCACGACUCCGUGACGGCCCCCGUGCACGACCUGUGCGUCCAGCUGGAGGACAAGGCCAGGAACUUCCCCACGCUGGCGCUCGGCCUGGGCCUCAAGGGCGCCAAGUUCACCAAGGCCUCGGACAACUUGGCGUGGAACGUGCGGGUGAUCCGCGGCGCGCUGCGGCAGCUGGGGGACGUGAAGGAGGAGGCGGAGCGGGGCCUCUGGGUGAUUCGUCGCUCGGCCAAGGCCAUCGCCCGCCUGGCCGGCCACGGGCACGGCGCGCACGGCCAGCGCACGGCCGAGUCCACGCCACUGUCGCGCACCAGCUCCGCCAGCGGGCCGCGCCACCAGCACCACGCCGGCCCGCCCGCCAGCGGCUCCGAGCCAGACAGCCUGUCCAGGGAGCUGGGGGCCUCCUCCGUCGCCUUCGGCAGGCUGUCCCCGCAGUCCGGCUCCUCGGCGUCCAGGUCGCCGGCCGCCUCGCCCUGCGGCACCGCGUCGGGCGGCGUCUCCCCCACCAUCAGCGACACGAGGGGCGUGUCACCGCGACCGCCCGUCCGCGGCAUCCUCAAGCAGCAGCAGUCGGCGCCGCAGCCCUGCGACCAGCCCGCAUGACCCCGACACCUGGGGCUGUACGCACCCAGCCCCAGCACCCCGGCCGCGCACGCCAACGCCCACGCCAACGUCCACGCCAACGUCCACGCCAACGUCCACGCCAACGUCCACGCCAACGUCCACGCCAACGUCCACGCCAACGUCCACGGCAGCACCAACGCGCACGGCCCGGGCAGGGAGACGGCCCUCUAGCGCCGCCACCUCCAGCACCAUUCCCAGAGUCGUUUUCGUUGCUCUGUCUCGCCCCACGAGUGAGUGAGAGAGAAAGGGCGACGAAAAUGGCUCUCGGUAUCAGUGUACAGUGCCUGCAACCAGGCGGCGGACUUCACCGUCGUGACUCCGCGCGACGGAGACUCUCUGCCAGCAGUGUGGGUGACCGGACGGCUGUGGAAAGACAGGGCGGCUCCGCCCGCGUCCAUACCCCACGCCCCAGCGUCACCCGCGGCCCAGCGCGCGGGGUAUUGCCAGCCCGUGGAGACACUCAGGACGUAGCAAAAUACGUCCGGUUGGCCAAAGGAUGUUUUUUUUAACUCUCAAAGAAAAACUUCACUUUUUCCAGUGAUGGGUCAGUGGCGAGGAGCACCUCCAUCUCCCACACGGGACUCUAGAAGCAGCGUCUCCGUGACACCUGCACUCUAAAACCUCCCCUCGCUUUUGGCGGGAACGGACAAGUCGGCAUUCCACCCUUGAGCGCGUCCAAAGUUCAGUUAGAUACAAAUAAUUUUAUCAGAAGGAGCCCUUGUUUUGUAAAGUAUCUAAAAAGUUUCAAGUACAACUCCUCUUUGACACAUGUAGUAUCGCUAACAGCUUUUCUAGCGGUUCUCAACCACUUCCGGCUCGCGACCCCAAAAACAUUUUAAUUCGAGUGUUCCUAUCAUUGCCUUGCUUCGUUUGUUGGGAAACUGACAUUUUAUUUUUUUAAUUGUGAAAGUUUCAAAACAGAUCAUAACUUGAGAGGGGGUCUGUUUCCCACCCAGAUUGGGUCUCUAUUUAAUGUUGUUACUUUUAAUGUGUCUGACUCGCUUGUUAGAGGUAAAUAUGAAUUCUUAUUCUUAUGCGAUAGCCUUUCGAGAUGGUAACUUAAAUUGAGCUCAACUGUUGCCUCUCUCUAUGAAGAGAAAUUGGUGAUUUUACAUGUGAUAGCAGAAUGUGCACCAAUUCUUGUUCCGUUUUUUCUCACUGUGUCCUUUUGUGAGUGACGUGGCUCUAAGUCCUUAUGCUUUUAAAGUUUAUUACUUACAUGAAAUUUAUCAAGAAAUGUACAAGUUAGAUAAAUACUUAAUGAAUUCAUGUUGGCUUGUCAGAUUCUGUAGAUCAAAUUUGGGUCUUACUAAACAAAACAAAAAAACACACCUGAUUAUGCUGUAGGGAAUGAUCUAGUAUAGUUUAGACAGUAGAGCAGAAGCUCGUUGAUGGGGACAGCUGUGAUUGCGAGCAUCAUGUUAAAAACUGUCACUUUGAAGAUCAGGCUUGCGUAUCCUGGUUGCCAGUAAAACAUUUUGGUUUAGCAAAUUCACUUCUAGUGGUGUAAUAAUGAUUGGUCUAGUCAAGGUCUAUUUUGACCCUUAAUGUAAAUAUUGCCAACCUCCACUAUGAGUAACAAACUGGGACAGGUCACUUUGUAGUGCGUUCAUGUGUGUUCUGUUAGGGUUUGAAGUGGGGUAACUUGAUGUUAGUUUGCUGCAGAAGUAGUGUUUUGCCUUGGCUUUCAUAGCCAACACUGUAAUUCUGAUAGGCAGUAAUCAAAGGCAUGCUCCUUUCUUCAAGUUCUAAGUUUACAGAAAAUGCAACAGAGUGAGUAUUUUUUUGCCGGGAAAAUGGUGAGUGGUUCUGACUUGACAUGUUUCAACUGGACUGUAUUGAACAGCGCGUCAAAUUGGUCUCACUUCAGCAUUGAUCACAGACGACCAAUUCUACAUUUGCACAUUCGAAACAAAUAUUUAUUUAUUUAAAAUCCGUGAUAAAUAAAAAUAUUAUUAUUUAA